AUGGCAACCAGGCAGCAUCCCCCCACCGUUGUCUGGUGUUUUCUGUGUGUUUUCAGGGCCUUGUACACAUAUGAGGAUGAGACUAAUGACUUGACGCUGUCAUCAUCCGGAGGAGGCGGUUUGCCGGAGAUCACGCUGACCUUUGACAACGGCAGGGUGAUGUACGGCUUCUGCAGCCUGAAGGAUCCCACCGCCGCUCUGCCACGAUACAUCCUCAUCAACUGGCUCCGUGUUGUUGUGCUGCAGCGCGAGGAGGAGCUGAGGAAGGAGGAGGAGCGGAAGAAGGUGGCCGAGGAGCGGCAGCGCUUCGAGGAGGAGCGAAUGGAGCUGGAGAGGAAAGAGCAGGAGAACCGAGAGAAGCGGUACCGCGAGAGGGAACGUCAGAUCGAGGAGCACAGGAAGAAGAUGCAGGAGGAGGAGGAGGCCAGAGAGAGGUUGCGGAAUCAGAUCACCAUAGCAACAGAGCCGAGCAUCGAGGACCUCAACCUGGACAAGAAGGAGUCUGAGGUGGAGGAGGCGAAGGCCAUCAUCGCUCAGCGGUCAGGAAAUCCUCGAGACUUCUUCAAGCAGAAGGAAAGAGCCAUGACCAUCAGUGUCGACACUUCACCCGUCUCCGUCCACAGAGCCGGGGACGAUGACGACGAAGCGAGCACAGAGCGCAACAUGGCCGCCGUGUCACCCAUACCUAAAAUAGUCACCACACCCAUCAAAGAGGACGAUCGCAGGGACGAGUGGGAUUCGGUGCCAAAGCAGGAGCAGAAACCGCCGGUCCAGGAGUCGACGACCACCAAACCGGUUCAGAGCGUCGCCCCACAGGCCCGCGACUCUGCCAGCUUUAACGUGUGGGAGUCCGGAAAUGACAGCUUGGUGGACCUGUGGGACAGCAGCUCCGGCCCACCGCCCAGCCAGACCUCCCAGUCCUCCAACCUGGUGGACCUGAUGGGCGACAUGCCGCCCAGCGCCGCCGCCGCCGCCACCGCCGCCACCGCCGGCCGGCCUCAGCCCCUCCUCAGCUUUGACGAGAUGAUGGACGGGACUUUCUGCUCGGGCACCAGCGCCGAGGACGACCCGUCCAGCCUGGUGGACGUGACCGGCUCCGACCAGAUGACCCUCAGCUACCAGCAUGCACUGCAGCAUGCGUCCGGGGAGGGGGCGGAGCUGGAUGACGGACAGCUGCUGAUGACCAACGGGGAGACGCUGCUGAAAGAAGGGACUCAGGCGAGCGAGGGUUAUUUCAGCCAAUCACAGGAGGAGGAAUUCGGCCAAUCAGAGGAGUCCUCGGCUAAACCUGCACCGGUUUUUUAUAACAAGCCACCAGAGAUUGACAUCACGUGCUGGGACACGGACCCCGUGGUCGACGACGACGACGACUAACCGCCGAUCCGCCGCCGGACCAAGAGGACGAAGUAGGAAGUGCGCUUCAUGAAGAAAACUGUUUUUUUUUUUUUUCCUUUUCUAAAAAAAAAAAAACGAAACACAAACAAAAAAAAUAAUGAUAAUAAUAAUAACAAGUCUUGCAUCAAAACUACUUCUGUAUUAUCUUUUAGAGGAAACGAAACAGUAGCCACUGAGACGAAGACGGUGUUUGGUUUAAAGACAGAUUUUUUUUUCUUGUGUUUGUUAUUUUUAUUUAUUUGUUUUCUUUUUUUUUUUUUUUUUUUUGCUAUGCAGAUGUAUUAGCCGGGAGCUGGGGGGGUUGUUUGUGUACAUGAUUUAUUAACGUAGCGCACUGCUGCAUAUUAGAGACAAUGAAGCCCAGUGAGCGGCCGGCAGCCGACACGCUUAGUCUGUAGUGCUUUAAUAAUAACACCCUAUAAAACUAAUACAGUGGAUCAAUACAGCUGCCAUGUGUAUCCUCACUCUGUUCUUUUCUUACCUCUUUUUCACCUCCCGCCUUCCUUCUGCCUUCGUUCUCGAAACAUUCACCUCUGCAAGUCAGUUAAUCUUGUAUUUAGAUGUCACUUCAUUGGAACAAAAAGUCUUUUAUUUAUUCUGGUGAACUGAAAUGAGAUGAAACAAACUGUGGCUCCUUUUUUGGACCCUUUCGGGGUUUUUUUCACUCCUUUUGUAUGAUUUUAAAUUCAAGAUUAAAUGGCUUGUGAAUCUUUCUCAGUGCACUUUUAUUUCUUCUUCUGCCUCCUUGUGGAUGAACUGCAUCAGCCCUCCCCUCCGAGUCCACAGGAUCCAUUACUUCUGUCCCACGUAUAUAUUUACACAAGCAAAAAAAAAAAAAAAGGAGCAUUUUUUUGCCUCUAAUCUAGAUGAAGAUACUGUAGAUAUUUUUCCAGUUUUUUAGGAGAGUUUGGCUUUAAGACGAUGAACAUGAAGCGACAAAAAAAAACAGUGAAUUUGUACGAUUCUUAUUCUUCUAACCAAGAGAUGGAGAGCGGUGAGUCGGAGAGGAAGACGAGGCAGGACGCCUUACCUGGUUUUAAGAAAUGAUCAUUUAAAUGUUAAUUUCUGGCCUUACUGUCUCGCUCACAUAGUUUGAUCCUGGACGACAGAAGGAGGCUGGGAUCAAACAGCUGGAAGCAGACUUGGGCCACAUGAAAAUAUUUGGUUUCGCCUUUGUUUUAAUCCUCAUGGAGAACCAGAUGUUCAGGAAUCAUCACAUGGGUUCAGCCACAGAGCUGAAACUUUAGUUAUCGUCUUCAGGAAACCAGAAAUCUGAGCUUCCUGCACUCGUACCUUCAGUGAAGAUAUUUUCUAAAGUUCUACACACCUCGUAACCUUCACACUUACUGCAGUCAAGCUUUCUAGGGGCAGUGAACUGAUGGAAACACCUUCUCCAGAUAGGUUCUAACAUACAACACAUCAGUUGUUUCUGCUUCCAGAGACGAGAAAAAAUUGACGAUACCGGCUGACAUGAAAGAAUAGUUUCAAACUCCCGGACUUCUUUCCUUUAUUCUCUCGUAGAUGGACAAGGUUUUGUUUAUCUCUUUGAGGUUUUCUUUGAGUUUUGUUUCUGGUUUCUCCCCAAAGCAGUUAAAUGGAACAAUAAUCAUUUAUUUCCAUUAAGAUUUGGUUUGUGGUAGCAACAAGCUAAGUCGGGCCUUCCAGACAUUCCUGUUACGAGUUUUGCAGCUCCUUCCGGUAGAUCCUGAGAUGUUCCCAGGCCGAAUGAGAUGUGUCAUCCUUCCAGAACCUUCUGGGUUCAAAGGAAGGUUACCAGGAGGCUUCAAAAUCAGAUGCUGAACCACCUCGGCUGUUUUUUGUUUUUUAAAAAUACAACUCUACUUAAAGUUGCCUCUGGUUGUCUGAACUCCUCACCAGUAUGUCUAAUGCUGAACCCAGUCAGCCUACGCAGGAAACUGGUCACUAACAUCUUAUUCUUAGAUUUUAUGACCGUAGGCAACAGUUGAAAUAGAUCGACUGAUAAAUCGAGCGCAUUACCGUCCAGUUAAGCGUACUUUUCUCCACCAGUAUGACGUCCAUAUUGCUGCUGAUGCUAUCUGUCCACCUCCCGUAAUUUAUUAACAAGAGCCACAGAUUUUUUAAAAUUCUUUGCUCAUGGAAGCAACUCACCACCAACCGGCAGAGAACCUCAGACGUGGAGGUGGUGACUCCCAUCAUGGCUGCCAACCAGACGGCGGUGGACUGAUGACGCCAACAGAACAUCAUCUCUGAGGUUCUGACAUGAGUUCGAGACGCGAUUCUAAGGUUCCCAAACCAGAAAUCUUCCCACUUGGCUGCACCUCGAGAUCCAUGACAGGAUCAGAGACAAGAGGAAACCCUGGUGGGAUUCGACAGCCAUCAGAAAUGUGUUUGACUUGAUGUCAAGGAUUGGAACACAGCUCUAACUGGUCGUAGGCUUACGUCCAAGUCCACAAAACGUGGACUUGGAACAUCAGGGUCCCAACACAAGGGUGAAGACCUGGUCCAACGUUCCAAGGCCUGGAAGGAACCCACAUUGGACCUCCUGAAUGGAGAAGUCGGUUGAAAUCACUUGCUAGCUUCGUGAAUGUUUGUCCUUGGUGGCUUGGAGACAGUAACGUACAUGUUGCCGUUUGCUAGCAGUGAUGUUCUCACAACUUGACAUCGUCGAGGAUACGAACACAGUUGUUACUUUGGUUCCACAAUUACCAGUUGGCUUGCAGCAACAAUUUUGGUACCCCAAACUCCCACAGCACCUCUCGUUAGGGUUCCUCGGGCAACAUGUUCACGAAACCUGUGGCCAAACUCCCGUGACCCCUUUAGCAGCGCCGGGGAAGACCUGGUCCGCUGUUCCACAACAACGACAGAAUCCGCAUUGAUCUUCCCGCAUCCAAAGUUCUACAACUGGUCGGAACCCGUUGUUAGCUUGGUAGCUUGAUGUCCUUGACAUCACGAACACAGCUUUCAAGUUUGGUUCCACAAGUUUUCAAAAGUUUUUGAUUCAAAUUUGUGUCAUGCUUUAAGUAAUCUUCACACGGGCGUUUAAAUAUUGUACGAACUUCUUCCAAAGCCAGAUUUCCAACAUUUUUCUUCUAAUGUGUCUCCUACAAGUCCUUCAGUUUAUAACAAAUAUUAAAAUGAUCAGUUCGUAAAAGACGUAUAAGAACUGAUACAGCGUAGGACGGUAAAAAGAUGAGUUUGUAGUCAAAUGUGAACAUAAAGCUGAAUGUCACCGUUAUUUUCUGAUACCUGCAGGCUGAUAAAGUUCAUAUAAGUUAUUAAUACCGACGUUUUUACAUCUGGAAACCGAUUCCUGACAUCUGGAUCUCCGAGCAGCUUAAAACUGACUUCUAAAAGCUCUCUGACCCUCAUCUGCUGCCUCCUGCUUUAGUUUUGUGCCAACACAAAAAGCACUGCGACGUGUUUUUAUUGGGUUUUUUUGUUGCUGUUUUUCUUUUGUUUUGAUUUACUGAGGUGUUGUUCGGUUGCUCUGGAGGAGGAGAGGCUGAGACGGGAGGCGAGUGUGUUUUUAAUACCUGUCAAAAAGUGUGCUAGAAUUGAUUUUCAGGACCUUUUUGGAUAUUAGCGACAACAGUGUUAGUCUUUUUUGCUGUACAUCCCUGUAGAAAAUAAAAACUCUGAGGCAAUAAGAGCA